AUGUCUGAAUCGCGGCUAUACUCCUUCUCCCCAGAGACAAGGGAGAAGCUGCGCAAAUUCCGCCUAAGCACCUCGCGAGCAAAGGAUCCCCAGGCCAUCAUCUAUAUAAUCGACACAAAAACCCAGGAGAUCCGGCCCGAGGAUGGCGAAGUCUACACCAAGAUGGAGGACGUGGCCGACGAGCUCCCAGAGUCCUCCCCACGCUUCGUCCUCCUCAGUCACCCGUUGACACUCAGCUCCGGCCGUCUCGCCGUCCCCUACGUCCUCCUCUACUACCUGCCCGAAAACUGCAACCCGUCGCAGCGGAUGAUGUACGCCGGCGCGGUAGAACUGAUGCGCAGCACAGCGGAGGUUAAUCGGGUGGUCGAGGUGCACAGCGAUGAGGAUGUCACGUCUAUCGAGUCUCGGUUGGCCGGCUCGGAGUAA